AUUUUAUUUUAUUUUAUUUUUUGAGAAAGACGCGUUUUUCCAUCUGCUGAAAUUACUUUUCAAUUUCUCUCUGUGGUUUUUUGAUUCAACUCAGCUAGAGAAAGAAACACAUCGUUAUUGGUUCUUAGGUGUCUUUCAAAAUGUCAAUUGUUUCUUUGCUUGGUAUAAAUGUUCUUAACAAUCCUGCUCGAUUCACAGAUCCAUAUGAAUUCGAGAUAACCUUUGAAUGUCUAGAGCCCUUGUCGCAAGAUUUGGAGUGGAAACUAACUUAUGUUGGUUCAUCGAGAUCAUUGGACCAUGAUCAAGAAUUAGAUUCUAUAUUAGUUGGCCCGGUUCCAGUGGGUAUCAAUAAAUUUUUAUUCACUGCUGAUCCACCAUCACCCGAGUUGAUUCCAGCCAGUGAGUUGGUCUCAGUAACUGUCAUUUUGUUGUCCUGUUCGUAUCGUGAUAGGGAGUUCGUGAGAGUCGGUUACUAUGUUAAUAAUGAAUAUGAUUCCGAUGACUUACGCGAAAACCCUCCAAACAAAGUGCAAGUCGAUAAUGUCGUUAGAAAUAUACUAGCUGAAAAACCUAGAGUGACAAGGUUUAACAUAGUUUGGGACAAUGAAGAUGAAAAUCAAGAGGAAUUUCCACCAGAAUUAGAACAGCCUGAAGCUGACGAUUUAAUAGAUGAUGAAGACCAAUAUGGUGCUGAUGAGCAAGAAGAUGAAAAUGAGGAUAACGACGAAGAAGACGAAGACAACGAAGAAGAAGCCGAAGAAGAAGACGAAGAUAACGAGGCGGAUCGUGAAGCAGAUGAUGAAGAUGAUGAAGAUGAUGAGGACAUUGAUAAUGAGGUUGACGAAACCGAUAAUAUUAUAAAUCCAAUAAAGGAGAUUGAUAUACCGAAGGACGAUAUUAAUAUUAAUAUUAAUAUUAAUAAUGAUACUACUAACAACAAAAAAAAGAAUCAUAUCAUAGAGGAUGAAGAUAAUCACAUAACUAAAAAAAGAAAGAUAAAUAAAAGUUCAAAUAAAGAUGAGAUAAAUACAGUUUCAACUCCUGUCGAUUCAAACUCAAUUACAAAUGAACCUUUAUUAAUAAAUACUGAUGCAAUAUUGCCUAAUUCAAUAAAAGACUCAAACAAUGAUUCCAAUAAUAAUAGUGAAAAUCCAAUUCAGGUAAUGUGAUGUUAAAAUUUACUAAUUUUUAAUUUUUAUUAAUAUUUAUUACAGUUUGUUAAACAAUUUUUAUAUAAAAC